AUGACAGAAGGACGAUCACUGAAUUUGUUUCUGAUUGGGCUUAUACUUGAAAAUGCAGAGCAGCGCGCAUUUAUUAACAAGGCAGUGAUUUUACCAAUGAAGACAAGAAGGAUUGUGAAUGCUCUGAAAAGCUGUGAGGAAUCGAAAGUAUUUCUGAACAGGGUUACGAAGAGAGAGGCACCCGACUACUACGAGGUGAUAAAGAAGCCGAUGGAUUUAAGUAUUGUACAGAAGAAAAUUGGGAAAUACAACACUUUUGAAGAGUUCAAAGCAGAUCUGGAUCUGAUAUGGAGCAAUUGCCUUGAAUACAAUCAGGCGAAGUAUUAUCGCGACUGUGCGUUCAAGAUGGCAAAUGUUGUAUCUUCGUUUGAGAUUGAUGUUGAUGUGAAGACUGUGCCUAUUAAUGAAGAGAUUUUAGAGAUUCAAACAGCCAAUGAGGGAUAG